AUGGGGAAGGAGGUGUUCACCCUCGAUGGGGGUAAAAUAUCGGAGUUCGAACGAUUGGGUAUGAACAAUUUUGAUUUCCUUUCCUGUCACGAUGAGGGGAACAAAGAACAGAUGGUGAGUACCCUGGAGAACAUCCACUUGAGUUACCUCCUGGCAGGUUGCAACGUCAUAUGUACGAAUACCUUUCAAGUUAAUCUGCACAGUUUGCAAGAAAAAGGAAUAAGCAUAGAGGCGGGAGAAGGAAUAAUCGAUACGUACAUCGAUAUUGCUCAUAAUGCUUUGCUCAAAUAUGAGCGGAUAAAACGGACCACGGAUUUUCCACUCCUCGGGGGGGCACACAAGGAGGAGCGGGAGAAGCAGGAGGAGGGGCAGCAGGAGCAGCCUCAACAGCAGCUGCAGGAGGAGUCUUCCCCCUAUGGACAUCUGGAAUGCUUCCAAAAGAAGAGAAACCAUUUGGGGAUCGUUCACCCCAAUGAUACUAUCGACAUAAGGGAAUACGUGGAUGGCUUCGAUUUGAGCCACGAUGUGUGGAGGGGUAAUCCCAUCAGGAGAUGCCAGGACCACUAUGUGGCCUUUUCCACAGGAGGCUACAGCUCGGCCUUCCGCGAUUUUAGCGAGUACUCUGGGGUUCUGCGCAAGGGGGGGAAGGCGGCUCAACUGGGUAGCGCCGAUCAACUGAGUAGCGCCGGUCAACUGGGUAGCGCCGGUCAACUGGGUAGCGCCGGUCAACUGGGUAGCGCCGGUCAACUGAGUAGCGCCGGUCAACUGCGCAGCGCUGCGAAGGGACGCUGGUCGCAGAACCAACGGUACGAUAUCAUAAUAAACACCCGCCCCCAUGUGGGAGGCUCCCUCCUGCACCGACAUGACCAACUACCCGACAUAGAAAUGGUCCCCCUGAGCAGUAGAGGGGGCAGUAGAGGGAGCAGUAGAGAGAGCAGCCGAGAGAGCAGUGGAAUGAGCAGUGGGCGCGGACCCGCGAGGGACGCCCUCCCCAACAGGCACCUGUUCAACUACGGAUUGGAAUACUACAUAGAUGUGGGAGACGAAGAAAUAAUUUCCAACUGCAAGUUCAAAUUAGAAUCAUACAAAAGAAACGAAGAUAAGCUUCACUUAUUUUCGCUAGUCACGUCUUCUAACGUACGAGAAAUACUCACCCUUUACAAUCUCUUAAAAAGUAGUGGAGGUUAUUUUAAAAACAACGUGACGCUGAGCUUCUACUGCAACAGUGAUCAGCACAUCGGCUGCUCACCUUACUCCUUCCUCGAUAUCGUAUUGGUCCUCCUGUACCUAGAUUCUCGAAACCAUUUCAUUAAAGCCAUCGGACUAAACUGCGUAAACAUAGACUACGUGAGAGAGUUAUUUGCUCCUUUAACGAGGUGUAUUUCUUCCGAUGGUAGCAUCGACGUGGAAGCAUAUCGAAGUCCAAGUGGAGGAGAGCUAGGCGGAUUAAUCAAAACGAUUUUAAAGGACUUAAAAAGGAACAGCUUUUUGGGGGAUGUUCAUUUUUUUGCCUCUCCGAAUAAGUCGCUCAAUAGAGUUACGUAUGACUACUUCAGAAAUGACGUGCACUUCGAGAUCACCCAGGAGAGACACAAGCACGCAUACAAUUAUGUUGGGGACUGGCUCGAUGUCGGCCUUAGUGGGUUCGGCGGCUGCUGCUACUACAACCCGUAUGACAUUUCGUUGUUGGACUACAAGUUGGGCCAGCUGGCCCGGACGCGGUGA